AAUUUGUUAAGAAUAAAAAUGUCUGCUCCAAAUGACGACUACAAAGGAAACCCGUCAACUAAAUUCCUUGAAGAGAAGCUCCUUCUGAGUGAAAUGCUUAAGAGAAACAAGGAAGUUGAGGAAGCUCUUCCUCUCAUCAAGAAAGUUUUCGAGAGGAUUGAGGAGCAUUCAGAGAUGCUAGAUGGAUACAGAUCGAUGUUCAAAUUAAUUCAUAAUAACUCGGAGGACAUAAAUGAGAGGAUCGAUGAAAUAAAGGCAAACCUAGCCUCAAAAAUCAGCGAAUCAAACCUCAGAAUGAGGUCUCAAGUAACUCAUUUUCUAGACUCGAUGGUUACUAAAGAAAGUUUUGAAAGAGAAAUUUCUAAACGAGCCCAACAGAAGUCUUUCGAUACUUUAGCCAAAAGAGUUGGCGGACUCAGUGAAAUUGUCGAAAAAGAGCUGAAAAAUAUGAUACAAGCAAAGUUCCGUGAGCUCCAGAUCAGCCUUGAUUCCAAAGCCAACACAGUCCAGUUCGAACUCCUCGACCAUGCCAAGGUUAGCAUUGAGGACUUCGAGAGCCUUGAGCACAGGAUUGAGAAGGUCGAACUGUUCAUGUCCGAAGAGAAGAAGAAUAAAGAGAGUGAAGUCAAUUUCUCCAGGCUCUUCCAAGCCAACUCUGAUGACAACAAUAAGGAAGAUGACAUCCCGAUUAUAUCUGAACUGAAAGAAAAGAUCAAGAGUACCGAGAGUAUUUGAGAUAAUAUCAAAGAGGAAGUCCUUCUUCAAAGAGAUAUGAUAUCUGAACAAAAUAACCGGGUUGAAGAUCUCAAGAUCAGGUUUGGAAAAUUCCCAGUCAAUCAAUAUGAGUCUAUUCUUCAAAAAACUAUUGAUGAGCUUCAUGGUGAAGACAAAAAGGCUCUUCAAUCCUUCAGAGAAGAGAUUAAUCAUAUUAAAAAUUGGGUUGAAAAGAGUAAGGAGGAAGAAAUCAGAAGCACUCUCAAGAAUCAUACAAAGAGGCUCAUCCCACUGGAGUCUUUCAUGGGUGAGAGCAAGAAUAUCUUGAAACUUCUUCACAAGCAGCGUCAUUCCAUUGAGGCGAAAUCUAAGGAGAACCACAUUUUGUUCAAAGAUAUUAUGUUCAAAUUUGAAUCGAUUUCAAAUCAAUUCCAAAAUACCACAAAGGUAAAUAAAGAAAAAGAAUAUCUUAAGAAAUCCCUGAUACAAUUGACUAAAGAGAAGCAGAGAGCUCUCCAAGACUGAGAGGUGACUCAGGAACAGAACCAAACUCUCAUGGAUGAUUACCUCAAAGGCAUCACCAGCCCCCACAAAGGUUCAGAUAGAGAGGUCUAUAGGAGCCUGACUGUGAACUCUAUCAAUACAAAAGAUGUGAAUGCCUCCCCUGAUAAGCUACUGAGUCCUUCAACUUCUUCAUAUAUGAGAAUAGUAUCUCCAAAGGCAGGGAAUUUGCCAAAGAUGGCCACUACAGCUCGAACAACCUGGCUCGAGGGUGAUGAAAAGUCAACAUCAGACCUCUUCAGGAAUACCUUGUCGACUUUCAAGAGUUGAAAGCUUGAUAGUGGCUUAAAGAUUACCUCCAGUCGUCAAAAUACCAAGCUGAAUCCCAUAAUCAGAGAGGUAAAAUCUGUGACAAUGAACCAGAGGUACACGAUCCCAAAAGAGAUUUCCAAAAUUAUCUCAAAUAUUGAUGAGAAGAUCAAUGAAGGCACAGAAGAGCAGAGGUCCUCCAAGCCAUUAUCACAGGUGUCUCCUAAGAGCACGCAGAAGGAGAACAAGAGGAAGUUAGUAAUCAAGAGUCCCAGAAGGAAAGUAUAA